CCGCUCCGCUUCGCCCCGUUCCCUCCCGGUGGGGUGGUUUGGUGUGUGUGUGUUUUUUUUUUUUUUUUUUCUUUCCCCCCUUUUUCUCCCUGCUUUUUCCCCACCCCCCGGCUUUCGGCCGCUUCCCCGCCUCACCCUGCCGGCGCCCUCCCCGCGGCGCGGCGGGCUGCGGGUUAGCUGCGGGGCCAUGCCGGCGGGGCCGCCGCCGCUGCUGCUGCGAGGCGCCUUCCUCCUCCUCCUCCUCCUCCUCCUCCUGCUCUUCCUCGGCUCCCCGGCCCGGGCUGCCGUCUACACCAACCAUUUCUUGGUGGAGCUGCACGCCGGGGGCCAGGCGGAGGCCGAGCGGCUGGCUGCGGAGCACGGCUUCGGCGGGGUGCGCAAGCUCCCUUUUCUAGAUACUGGUUACUUCUUUUAUCACAAUGGCAUUGCCAAGGCCAGGAGAAGACGCAGUCUUCAACACAAGCUUCACCUGGAAAAGGACUCCAGGGUAAAGAAAGCCGUGCAACAAGAAGGCUUCAGCAGAAGAAAGAGAGGAUAUAGAGAUAUCAAUGACAUUGACAUCAACAUGAAUGAUCCUUUAUUUACAAAGCAAUGGUAUCUGAUUAACACUGGUCAAGCAGAUGGGACUCCUGGACUUGACCUUAAUGUAGCUGAAGCAUGGGAACUGGGAUACACAGGGAAAGGAGUUACCAUAGGAAUUAUGGAUGACGGAAUUGAUUAUCUGCAUCCUGAUCUUGCCUCUAAUUAUAAUGCCCAAGCCAGCUACGACUUCAGCAGUAAUGAUCCCUACCCUUACCCCCGCUACACAGAUGAUUGGUUUAACAGCCACGGGACAAGAUGUGCAGGAGAGGUGUCUGCUGCUGCCAACAACAACAUCUGUGGUGUGGGAGUCGCGUACAACUCCAAGGUGGCAGGUAUUCGAAUGCUCGACCAGCCAUUUAUGACAGACAUUAUUGAGGCUUCCUCUAUCAGUCAUAUGCCCCAAGUCAUAGAUAUAUACAGUGCCAGCUGGGGACCAACCGAUAAUGGAAAGACUGUGGAUGGACCUAGAGAGCUAACACUGCAAGCGAUGGCGGAUGGUGUGAACAAGGGCCGGGGCGGGAAAGGAAGCAUCUAUGUCUGGGCUUCUGGAGAUGGGGGCAGCUACGAUGACUGUAACUGUGAUGGUUAUGCAUCGAGCAUGUGGACAAUCUCCAUCAAUUCCGCUAUAAAUGACGGACGGACAGCUCUGUAUGAUGAAAGCUGCUCUUCAACCCUAGCCUCCACCUUUAGUAACGGGAGGAAGAGAAAUCCGGAGGCUGGUGUGGCUACCACAGACUUGUAUGGCAACUGCACCCUGCGUCACUCAGGAACGUCUGCAGCUGCCCCUGAAGCAGCCGGAGUGUUCGCCUUGGCCCUGGAGGCUAACUUGGAUCUGACAUGGAGAGACAUGCAGCAUCUGACAGUCCUCACCUCCAAAAGGAACCAGCUCCACGAUGAAGUUCAUCAGUGGCGCAGAAAUGGCGUUGGGCUGGAAUUCAACCACUUGUUUGGCUACGGUGUCCUAGAUGCAGGAGCGAUGGUUAAGAUGGCAAAAGACUGGAAGACUGUUCCCGAGCGAUUCCACUGUGUUGGGGGGUCAAUACAGGAGCCUGAAAAGAUACCACCAAGUGGCAAGCUGCUCCUCACACUUACAACUGAUGCUUGUGAGGGGAAGGAAAAUUUUGUCCGUUACCUUGAACACGUCCAAGCAGUUAUAACUGUGAAUUCAACUAGGCGAGGAGACCUCAACAUCAACAUGACCUCGCCGAUGGGAACAAAAUCCAUUCUACUGAGCCGGCGUCCCAGGGAUGACGACUCCAAGGUGGGUUUUGACAAAUGGCCUUUCAUGACCACACACACUUGGGGAGAAGACCCCAGAGGCACAUGGGUCCUAGAGAUUGGGUUUGUCGGCGGUGUGCCACAGCGGGGCGUGCUGAAGGAGUGGACACUGAUGCUGCAUGGGACCCAGAGUGCACCAUAUAUAGACCAAAUAGUAAAAGAUUAUCAGUCCAAACUGGCCAUGUCUAAGAAGGAAGAGCUGGAGGAAGAAUUAGACGAAGCAGUGGAGAGAAGCCUGAAGAGUAUACUAAGCAAGAACUAGUCUGUUCUGCAUGAUGGUGUCUUUCAUUUCCCAGAUCCCUCUAUUCACCUUUCUACUAUCCAAACCUCUGUGUUAGACAUAUUACAAUGGUCGUCUCUGUAGCCAAAUUAUCACACUUUCUUGAUUUUAAAGUCUUAUAUCUUGUCAAUAAUUAUUUUAAUUACCACUGAAGCAAUCCUUUUUUUACUCUAAACCACAAAUAUAUUGUCCCCCACCAAAUACUAUGUACAGUUUGUGACUGUAAAUGAUUUUUCUUUUGUGUCAUACAAAUAAGUAAUACCUGCAAACACGUUUAUGGCUUUUCCCUUCAUAUUUUUGUGAUACAUGUUGUUUGUAUUAAAAAAAAAAAAGAAAGAGUGAAUUUUAACAUUGGCAGUUGGUGAUAAUGGGUGCAUUAAAAAAAUUAUUGUGAGAGAGGGAAUCACAAAGAGUUUGGUUGGCUGGAGAGGUCUUUGAAUGUCUAACAGCUCCUUUUGCAUCAUGGACUUCAGUGGGACUUUCCCCACUGGGUUCAACCAAAGUAGCACUAGACCCUAUAAAAAGAAAUAAUCCACAGAUGAAGAAAAAUUACCCAUCCAAUUUGCAAAAACUAAUUCUUCUCAGAGCAUUCUUUAGUAUAUACACUUACACAACAUACACACUAGCACUUCAGCUGCAGAAUGGUUCAACGAGCAUGCAAUAAGGAAGGUCAGGUGAUGCUGAAGCCAGGUGACAAGAAGUGCAUUGCAAACAGGGUCAGGGCAUUCUAGAAGCACAAAUUUCAAGUUUUUUUUCUUGUUGUUGUUGUUGUUGUUUAGUUUACUUUUGGCUUUUGUUUUUAAUGUUGGCGAUUUAAAUCAAUAUACCAUCUCUUACAGCAGCAUAAGCACAUAGGGAAUGAGCUGCAGGAUUUCUGGCAACCUGUGUGCAAAAGUUUAUCUGCUCACCUUGAUACUGAAAGCUCUAUUCUACAGCAUAGUGGAAGAUGAGACUGAGUCAGCAUUUCCAAUUACAGACCCCUGUUUUCUGGGGUUUACAACCUGGCUGUCAGUAAAUUACUGUGGGAAAAUUUGAAGUAUGCAGCUUCAGUCCCAGAGCAAUUUUUUAUUCAGAUUUCACUAAAAAAAAAAGAAAAAAAAGUUAUUUUUGUGUUAUACAAAUAUAUUUAAGGCGAAAAAUAUGCCUACAUUAUUUACAUGUAAUGCAAAGUUGGCCUUCUUGGGAAAUAAAAUGUAGUGUGUUUGGGAAGAUUUGUCAGUAAUCAUUGUUCUUUGGCGUUUAAAGAGUCAGUCCCACCUUCACUUCUCAUAUGUGAGUAAAUUCAGUCUCUCCUGCUCAUGGAGUCUGCUCUGGCUAUUGCCACAAGACAUAAUGUUCCCUCAAGGGGGGUGCCUCAUGCUAACAACCACUACAUGUUCUCAGGUGUGAGAUCCCAAAUUGAACCUUUGAAUAAUAAAGGGUCUUGAUUUUGCAAAUGCUUAGGCACUCACAGUAAAAUCAGUGGACCUACUCAAAUACUAAUUUUAAGCAGGUGCUUAAGAUGUUUGAGGAUCCAAGAUCUACUUUUUAGCAGUGACUGGUUUCAGAGUUUUAUUAUGUAUUUUUAAUAUACAGAGUAUUCAUCUAAAGUGUUUUAAUAAGAGUUUUCCUGGGUAAUCAGGUGCAUAGUGGUAGAAACGUAUUCAGUAAGUAAAUAUUUAUCUAACAAAUCAAAAAUGUAACCCAAAGGUUAUAUGGUGCAUACAUUUCAUUGAAGAAUGUAUAAUUUAUUCUGUUAUUUCAAGUGAAUAUCCAUCUUUCAUCCUUUCACAAGGCCUGUUCUUUCCUUUACAAAUCCAAAUGCAAAUAAAUAGCUCAAC